ACAACAAAUCCUUCUCGAGUUGUUGAAGAUUUCCCAGCGUUACCAGCUCCAGUUAGACAAACUCCGACAACAUCUGUUUGGUCAAAGAAAAAAGUUUCUAAGUCGGUUAUCGUGGGUUGUAAGAUGCCUAAUAACACCAAGCAACUACCGCAACCAGACCUUUGGCCGGAUAUAUCUACCACCACUCCAGCGCGAGAGAUCGAACCAGAGCAGUGGCAUGAGGUCAACUGA